GGCGGCGGCCCCGCCAUGGCGGUGUCCCCGUACGUGCAGGCCAUGCAGGAGCUGUUCCGCGCCAACACGCGGAGCCGCGAGUUCCCGGCGCACGGCGCCAAGGUGCACUCGGUGGCCUGGAGCUGCUGCGGCCGCCGCCUCGCCUCCGGCUCCUUCGAUAAGACCGCCAGCGUCUUCCUGCUCGAGAAGGACCGGCUGGUGAAGGAGAACAACUACCGGGGCCACGGGGACAGCGUGGAUCAGCUCUGCUGGCACCCCAGCAACCCCGACCUCUUUGUCACAGCGUCAGGGGACAAAACCAUCCGCAUCUGGGACGUCCGCACCACCAAGUGCAUCGCCACUGUCAACACCAAAGGUGAGAACAUCAACAUCUGCUGGAGCCCUGAUGGACAGACCAUCGCCGUGGGGAACAAGGAUGACGUGGUCACCUUCAUUGAUGCCAAGACACAUCGCUCCAAAGCUGAGGAACAGUUCAAGUUUGAGGUGAACGAGAUUUCCUGGAACAACGAUAACAACAUGUUCUUCCUCACCAAUGGGAAUGGCUGCAUCAACAUCCUCAGCUACCCAGAGCUGAAACCCAUCCAGUCUAUCAACGCCCAUCCUUCCAACUGCAUCUGCAUCAAGUUUGAUCCCAUGGGGAAAUACUUUGCCACAGGCAGUGCUGAUGCAUUGGUCAGCCUCUGGGAUGUGGAUGAGCUGGUGUGUGUGAGGUGCUUCUCCAGGCUCGACUGGCCCGUGCGGACGCUGAGCUUUAGCCACGAUGGGAAGAUGCUGGCCUCGGCAUCCGAAGAUCACUUCAUUGACAUUGCCGAGGUGGAGACAGGAGAGAAGCUCUGGGAGGUGCAGUGUGAGUCCCCCACCUUCACAGUGGCCUGGCACCCGAAGAGGCCGCUGCUGGCUUUCGCCUGCGAUGACAAAGAUGGCAAAUACGACAGCAGCCGGGAGGCCGGCACUGUCAAGCUUUUUGGGCUCCCCAACGACUCCUGACGAAGCUGCUGCACCCGGGGAGGCAACACCUGCCUGCUCUCGGGGGUGGGAGCUUAGGUGGGGCCAGGAGCUGGCUCAUCUCCUUGCCAGCCUGGCAGGGCUGUGACCUCGGGCUCAGCUCGGUGUGUCUUGCUCUUGGGAGCUUUUAUAAACAGGCAGCUGUGUGCUGGGGAGAAUGGGGGGAUGCUGGCAGGGCCCUUCCUCUGCCGCCUCCUCUCUGGGGCAUGGGGGGCUUGUUCCAAAGGCAAGCAGCCAAAGAAAAUCAGUCACUGAAGGUGGCUGCUGAGGAGCCUCCCAUGGGAGGUGCUCUGCUUUGACCAGGCUCCUCAGCAGUGAUAUCUGACUGUCCCCUUGUCCCCAAAAGCCUGGUGGCAAGGGCAGCUCUGGGAGCACAGCCUGCCUCUCCCCCUCCCAGACAUCCCAAUGUCCCUUCCCUGCACUGGGGCAAUGAGAGGAGGGUGGGGGCGGGGGUUCAACCGGUAGAUGUUUUCCCAGCUGGGGCUUUUUUUUAAUAUUUGUGGCGUCUUUUUCUAAUUUUGAUAAAUCUUCUUCCUUAA